UCUCCAAACGUAUCAUCAGACUGAGUGGGGUCAGGAAGGUUCCCAAAUCAAAGUACGAGUACCGCUUCAGAGUGGCUAUUCCCUAUGCAGAUCAGGUAUAGCACAACAUGAGACUCAACCUGGUGGCACUCGACCACAAGAGGCUCAUUUGCUAGCCGCAGAGCUUAGAGACAUGUCCACUCCGUGAUGUUCCGUUUCUAACGUAUCACGCAUGGACCAAUCCGAGUGAUAGUUACAUGAUUGUAUCCUACGCGAUCUCGCUUUUGUCCGUCCUGUGAUUGACCAUACGCCGAGCUAUGUACCAUACUGCAUAGCCGUGCAAACAUUUAAGGAUCGUCUGGCUCGUUCGCUGCAGCCGUGCUGCUUGGACGAGGCGAGGAUCUCAGCGGAAACGAGCCUGCUUGGGAUGCAUCACAAGAGCGACAACCUGCGAGUAUAUAAGCUGCAAGCCACGCAGAAUCCGCCUCGAACACCGGGUAAACUGGAUCACAGCGGAAGCGUUGAGGAUACCGUUCAAAGCGUUAAAUCCGCCGUGUGUCUGAACCGACGAGGACCACAAGUGCCCCAACACAGCCCAUCAAAACGCUAGCUGCAGGGAACGCUCGCUGUCAACGUGUGUCCGUUUUCUGAGUUUUGAGAGCAAUGGCGUUGGCCUCGCGAUACACCGGCCUCUCACUGGCCUUCCUCCUGCUGGGAACAACAUGCUUUUCGGCAAUGAUCAGUUUCGUGGUCAAUGUGGACCGACGCAGCAACAAUAAUUUCGCCGACAUGAACAGUUUCGCCAAGACAACUGUGCAGUCCAUGAUCAACCGAAAGCUGGCACCCCAACACAGCUACCUUUACAUUCCGUUCAAUCUGCGACGGGCAGGAACAGCAGAGAAGCACGAAAGUCUGCAAUCUGUCGCUCAAGAUAUCCACGCAAAAAGACUAUCUGUAUCGAACAGGAGGACGUGCAGGGGACCGCUUCUGGGUCCCAUCUUCUCCGCCCUGAGGCGCAGCAGUGACAACUCCCUGAUCAAUGUGUUUACGACAAAUCUGGAAAGCGACGGUGCGUUGCUGAACACACUUCUGGUCAUCGCCAAGUCCAAAUCAGUACAGAUCAACAUCUUCGUUAGCACCGACUGCAGGUCCACAAGUGUAUUGAGCAGUAUUGCAAAAGCAACGGGCGGUAACCUGAUGUAUGUACGCCGCACUGACGAGCGGCGUGUGGCUGAGUACGUACGCAAGAGCAUUGUCCAUCAUCCGAGCAGACAACUCGUGCGCAAGGAGGGCGAGAUGCAGAGAGGUGAGAUGGCCUACACAUACUUCGACGUGGACGCCAGCAUCCGAGCGAUCAGUGUCAGCGUCAGCUGCAACGGCACAAAAGUCCCAGAAGUGAAGCUCACGCCGCCAAACCGCAUUAACUACCGUGGCACCAUAUGGCGCCACCUGCGAAGCAGCGCGCUCGCGUACAAGGACGAGCCGAACGCCGGCACGUGGAGGAUGAAAACGACGUCGAAGGGUAACCAGAAGUGCGUGACGUACGUCACCGGGUCCACCCAGCAGGCCGAAGAAACCUCUAAGGCAACUCCGGAAGACCAGCUGACACUUGAAUGGGCAAUGUCAGUAGGAGCCAGUGCCGGACAGAUCACCACACAGCCAGCACAAGGCGACUUCAACUUGCUGGUUGUGCCGCAGGACAUUGCAGAACUAAUCAGCACCGUAGAGGUUCUCGACAGCAAGGACAUGGUCACUCAGCUCCUCUACAAACAGCCAGGACCACCGACACAGCGGCGGGAUGGAAAGGCAGGGACUGCGUUCGGUUAUCUCCUGCCGAAUCCCGGCUUGUACGUGCGAGUAAACGGAGUGAGUGGCAAGAGGCAGUUCUCGAGAAAGAUCCGAAUCGAGCCACAGGUCAACGCUGACACGGCACCGGCUGCCAGAACAGUGGAAGCGCAGCCCUUAGCACCGCAAACUAAUUUCCCUAGCAUACAGGAAGAGGAACAACAGCAGCCCAACAACGCCUUGACGGAGCAGGAGGUGAUCACACAACCGCUCAACGAGUUCAGACCCUCGGCGGAUCAGUCACAGCCAGGUGUUGCAAUGGAGACUGAGUAUGGGCCGCAGGCAGAAGACUCUGAAAUGAACUCCCUCCUGAACACGAUCAACUCAAUGGAAAAGGAGCUUGAUGAUCUACGCAAGCAGCUGCAGCAUGUCACGUCGGAGAAGAGCAGAAGAGAAAAGGAGUGCAAAGCUAACGAGCAGCGUGUUGCUGAGCUGCUGCGGAUAAUGCGACCGGGCAGAAACUGAACGCUGUAGUAGCACACUCAGCACAGAGCAUGUGCUCCAAGUCACGAAGGGGACAUUGCCACGGAGCAGUGCAUUCAACCUCUGACGACCCUUUCACACGGCCUCCUCUAUUCCUUGAUUUUUAUGUCACAUUACCCGAUUGUCUUCCGAGAAAAUAAUGUCUGACCAUUGGCAAGUUGAGAGAAACAUAAACCAAUACUUAGAUUACACGUUGCUAGCUGUACCAUAACUGAAAGUAAUAAGAUGCUAAAUCCGAAUUCCCAGUAAACCGUGUCCCUUUUCUAUUGCAAAGUUGUUACUUAGCCAGUCAGUAUCUUAUACACUCGCCUUGCCACAUCAAGCUGCACGAAUGCACUGCUACCAGCUGCGCAUGUGCCACCAGUGUGUGUCGGUGUGGGUGGGUGCAAGCGUAUAAUUAUGUCCCUCACUCACUACAUACAGCUCCAUGUUUUUUUGUUAAUAAUAAUUAAUUUGUAAGUGUACCUUGUCACUCAAUCAAGCAUGUACAAUGUACCUUGUCGCAACAGCAUGUAUCAGCACUGCGUGUACAUGUGUGCAUCAUGUUUCCCGAAACUUCCCAUUAUAACACUGGACUUCA